AUGGCACCAAUACAUACCUUAAUUAGUGGAUCUACUGUUGCCGAAAAUUUUCAAGGGCGUGGAUAUAAAUUAGAUAGCACUAGAGAACGUGAGCUUGAAUCUGAACGUAAUGAGUUACUCAUUAAAACCGAAUUUUUUGCUAAUAAAUGUUCUGAUUUUAGAAAUGCCAAAGUGCUUGCAGAAACACGAUCAGAUGAACUUGCAAAAGAGUUGAAAUCAAAAAAUGAAAAAAUUUUAC